AAUGCGUAUAGUUGCCAUACUUGUAUAUUUCAUACAUAUUGCUAACAUUAGUAGUUUGACAUUCGAGAGCAACAAAGAAUUUUUUUACGUCUUAAGCAAAAUAAUUUGUCAUAAUGAACAAGUUGAUUACUAAAAAUUCAAAAUACUUUUACUCAUCAAUAAAUAUGAAUUUUAACAGAUAUAGCAGUGGGUUAGGUGAUUUAGGCAGUGGAGCUGGUAAAGGUGGUGGUGGUGGUGGAUCAAUUAGAGAAGCAGGAGGUGCUAUGGGUAAACGGGAGGCUGCAAAAGAAGAAGAAUAUUUCUACCAUCAACGAAUUGAUCAAUUGCACAAGUUAAAACAAGAAGUCGAGUUUCGUAAACAAGAAAUAGACAGACAUAUUGAAGAAAUUAAAAAAGCUAAAGCUGAAUUAGAUAAAGAAGCUUAAGUAUUUUUAUAACUAGAUGCAUCAAAAGUAGUGAAUUUUCCAAAUAUAACAUAUUUAAAUAUA